AUGUCAAUUCAUUUUAAAUUCAAGUCAGCCAAGGAAUUCGACACUGUGACGUUUCCAGGUGCUGCAAUUCGCGUAUUGGACCUCAAAAAGGCUAUUGUAGAUAAGAAGAAACUGGCAAAAGGACUGGAUUUUGAUCUCGUGAUCACAGAUGCACAAAAUGGCAAAGUUUAUGAAGAUGAGAACACGCAAUUGCCACGAAAUACGAGCGUGACGGUUAAACGUAUUCCUAGUAAACAACCGGGUAGCGGAUUACUCGCCCGUAUGAAACAGGAAGCGGCCGUAGCAGCAGCCGCUGCAGCUGCUGUAGCGAUCCAACUGUCACCGCCAGUGGCUGCAAUGGCUGGACCGUCACCAGUUGGGCCAACACCGAUACAGCCAAUGGCUACACUUUCUUUGAAUACUGAAGACUCAGCUGAAGGUGCACAAACGAUGGAAGAUGAAAUGGCUGCACUGCAAUCUAUUCAUGAACAAGCAGAAGAUAUGCGUGGCUCGAGAUUAGGCAAUAAGACGUGGACAGCGUCUAGCGGUAGCAACGCCAAUAACGUGAUGAACUACUACUCGGCCAGUGGGCCAGGUGGUGAAGCAAGUGGACGAGGAAAUGGUGCUAGCGGACGGGGGUUUGGCCGAGGUGGCCGCGGUGGAGACUUCGGCGGCCGAGGAGGAGUGAUGAAUGGAAGAGGCGGAGGACGUGGCACGGGACCUGGGGCCCCCAAUGGCUCUAACUUGUUAGGUGACCCGCCAUCCAACUAUGUGUGCUAUCGAUGCGGUACGCCUGGCCAUUACAUUCAAAAUUGCCCCACGAACGGGGAUCCAGAGUUUGAUCAGCACCGUGUAAAAAAGAAAACUGGCAUUCCCAAGUCGUUCAUGAAGGCCGUGAGCGAUCCCAGUGAGAUUCCCGUAGGCGCGGGCAAAACGGUAGUGAAUGCGCCGUGGGGCGGGCUAGCUGUGAUAGAACCACAGAAUAAAAACUUCUCUAAAUUAAUGGCCCAGUCGGGCGGCUCGGCCACCUUGGAUCAAUUCAUCUCGAAUCCACCCGAGCACUUGGCAUGUCCACUUUGUAGGCGGCUCAUGAGCGACGCUGUGCUCAUCCCGUGCUGUCAGGAGUCCGCGUGUGACGAGUGCCUGCGGGGCGCACUGAUCGAGCACAAGCUUACAUGUCCACUGUGCAACGUAAGCAACAUGUCGCCGGAGAAGCUGUUGCCAAAUAAGGUACUAAGGACUUCGGUGGACGAGUUUUUGAGACGUGCACGUACGGAGCAGCAAGAGCGGGAACAGUUAGUCAAGGAAGCUGAGGAGAAGGCGAUGGCCAAACAGAAAGCCGCAGAACAAACUGCAGGCUCGGCUUCGCGUCGGUCCGGUGACAGUGCAGAUGCUACGCUGGAGAUUAAAAAGGGUAAGAAAGGUGACGGUGGGGACGAUGAAGAGGAUGAGUUUGGCGGCGAUAUUUUUGGCGAAGGCGUUGAGAACGAAGAUGCUUCUCUUUCACCGCAAAAGACAGCCACGUCUUUGUCAAUGUCUCCCUCACAGCAGAAUCCCCCGCUUCCGAAGGACGACAAGGUUACAGCUAAAGAGGGCGAAGUUGCCGACGGUCCAUCGCGAAAGACCAGUGAUGCGUCGUCUAAUGGUGGUGGCCAAACAGCCGACAACACGGAUAAGAGUAUACCUACGUCAGGAUCGCAAGGCUUGCCCUCUAGUCAAGGCCCUCCUAUUCAACAAAUGCCGUGGGGUCGCGACGGCCCUCGUGGCCCUCCACUGGGCUUUAAUGCCCCCCCUGGUCCGUGGUUUGAUGGACCUCCUCGUGGGCAACCAGGGCCAUGGUUUGAUGGCCCACCUGGGCCGUGGUUUGAUGGUUCAUUCCAAGGGCCUGGUGGGCCCCGUGGCGCCAUGAAAGGUGGUCGCGGUGGCGGCCGAGGACGCGGGGGCCGUGGAAUGCCGCCUCCUGGAUACUUUGGCGGGCCUGGCCCCGAUUACUUUGGGCCUCCACCUGGACACCCAGACUACUUUGGACCUCCUCCGCCGUGGUUUGAUGGACCAAUGCCACCAUUUGGAGGCCGCGGAGGUGAUCGCUGGUUUGACGGAGAAUCUCGUGGUCGUGACGAUGACCGGCGCCGCGACCGCUCUACUUCUCGUGACAGGGACCGCUCACGUACACUAGAUCGCUCGACUGGUCGCGAUGGAAAGGGUGAGCGCGUUCGUCGCGGUGGCGACGGGAAAGAAACACGUGGAUCGCGUCGUGGCGAUCGGAAGGAAUCGUGCGGAGCACGCGGGGGUGAUCGAGAACGCAGCAAGCGUAGUCGGAGCCGUAGUCGCAGUUUCAAGGCUGGACGUAGCCGUAGCAAUUCUCGCUUGAGGCACGACAAAAAGACCCGUGAACAUGCUAGUUCAUCGCGGGCAUGGUCCUCGCGGGCGUCGUCCUCUCGUCGGUCACGUAGUGCAAGUCGCAACCGCCAUCAUCGCGAGCACAAAAACAGUAGCAGUCGCAAUGAUGCCAAUGAAGGCUCCAAUAAGAACUCCGGCAAAGCCGUCAGCAGGGCCAGCAACAGAGACGCCAAGAAGGACGUCCACAAGGAUACCCGCAAGGACGCGGACAAGACUGCCAAUAAGGACGCCAACAAAGGCACCAUGCAAGACUCUGGCAAGGACUCUGGUGACGAUGUUACCAAGGGAUCUAAGAAGGACGUCAACAAGGAUUCUAGUGAUAAGAACAGAAAGUCAAAAGAAGAACAGAAGAAACAAGAAAGCACGGUUAAGGAUGUCAAGCUGGAUCAGGUUGCAGCGCCUGCUAUUGACCUUGACUUCUUGGCUGAACCUCUGGAUGAUGAUAUGUCAAGUGACAAUGAGACUCCGCGCUCAACAACUACUCCGAUAUUGGACCGUAAGAAAAGCGAUGAAAGUAUGACAUCCAAAGAUCCCAAGACGAAUGAUGAUAAGAUCUCUUGUGUUGAUAGCUUCCAUGAAAAAAGGGAUGAUAAUCGUCGCAACGGCAGUCACUCCUCGUCUCGUAAGCAUGAUAAAUCUCCUAUGCGCAGCAACCGCGGACGCGAUCGCGAUCGCGAUCGUGACCGUGGCCCGACGCCAAAAAAACGAGGGGGUUCCUUGUCUCGUAGUCGUCGUAGUCACUCGCGUUCGCAGUCCCGUCAUGGGUUAUCUCGGGAUUCAUCUCGGCGACGCACUGAGUCAUCAAGCAAGCGCGGAGAGGACAAAAGUUUGUCUACUGCUCGUGCGAAAGAUCGCAGUAGCGGUGGAAGCCGCGAUCGUGAUCACGACCGAAACGACCGCGAUCGAGAGCGAGGCAAUCGCGAUCGAGGACGUGACCGUGAUCGAGAUCGCGAUCGUGAUCGUGUGCGGGAAAAAGACCAACCCCGUGAAAGCGUGCGGGAAAAAGGCCGACCCCGUGAUCGUGAGAAAGCUCAAGACCGAGAGCGUGAUCGUCCUCGUGACCGCAAGGAACGCGAAGGGAAGCGUGGACGUGAUGCUGCCGAUGACGAUGCUACCAUGGGAGGCGAUCGGAAACGACGCCGCAGUGCUGAGAAGGAACGAGAGCGUCGUACCGAGAAAAGCUCAGGUGGUGGUAAACGCGUCGUCACGACAACGUCCGGAUCUUCUCGUGGCUCACGCGGAGGUCGAAACCGUCGUCGUGGAGGCGGCGGGGGUGGCGGUGCAAGUGGCGAUGCUGACAAGCGACGGAUUGAGGUGGAGGGCGAAGGAAAAAGCGGUGGAAACGACUGUAAGAGACCAUCUCGAAAGAAAAGUGAUGAUCGUGGAGGCAAGGGGUCCGGUGAGCCACAGGCCAAAAAGCGCUCGGUGCUAGACCGGCUUGGACCCAAACUCUAA